AUGUCCGACACAAGCGAAUACACGGUUGUCGGCGACGGCCCGUCCUCUUCAUCAUACCCGGACCUCAACCCCGACAACAAUAAGAGCCUUGAGAAUACAGUCAACAUGACCAAGGAAAUGCUGUCGUUCAUUCGGAAGAGCAUCCUGGAUACGUACAAGCUUAUUCUCGACGAUCACGUUGCAGCUAAAACGGAAGAGGAGGACAAAAGAUUAGCCCUCCAGCAUGCCAACAUACUCGUCGACAUACUAGAGGGACUGGGCGGCACGAUCGCUCUCUUGCCUGAACAAGGCUACGAUCAAACGACGGAGCUGCUGGUCAGCAUGUUGGUGAAAGUGAGCGCCACUUUGGCCGCCGACGGCGACGGCGACGAGGUGGACGAGGAAGCGGCAUAUAGUUCCAUGUGCAAUGUGCUCACGCACAGAUACACGGUUCAGUUGCAGCUGCUCGUAACACAAUCUAAUUUUCCGGCCCACGCGGAUGUCUUCAAAGCACCUCUGGUACGAAAUCUCAUCUCGAAUGUCCUUGAUUACCACGCGUUCCGUGGCCGAUUCUUGGCACAUGCGGCGGCCAAGCGUCUGAAGGAGCUGCUUCCCAAGUAUGCGCAGUGUCUGACAGCGGUCUAUGGGUGUGCAGGCGACGAGUCAAGAAAUUACGUUGAAUAUGCAAGGUCUGUGGUGAAGACGCUGGACAGAGGGAAGCAAGAGGAGGGACAAAAAGAAGACCAAAACAAAGACCGAAAUGUCGACCAAAAAGUCGACAAGAACAAUACGGCUUGGUAUUGGCCGUGGAAAGGCCGGAGGUAG